AUGGAUCCCGAUGCUGCACCUCCCGACACAGCGCCCAGCGCUUUCAAUUACAUCCUCAGCUUCCUCCUAGUCGGGAUCGCAUGGGGUUUCACAACGCCCUUCAUCCGCCGCGCCGCCGUGGAAUUUAACGCGAGAAACGAGCAAAAGACACAAGUUGAACGUGAUGUGGGGGGUGGGCGAAUGACAAGAGGAGGUUCAUGGAUUAAGCGGAAACUCACGUCACUGUUUUGGACGGUUGUAAAUCUUCUGAGAACACCUGGAUAUGCGGUGCCAUUGUUAUUGAACCUCUCAGGAAGCGUAUGGUUUUUCUUGCUAGUCGGAAAGCACGGUACGGAGUACAAUUCCCACGAUGAGCACUUGGAACUCGUGGGGAGAGCCCGAGCUAAUUCCGCUGCAGAGCUGAGUUUAACUGUGCCGAUUACCAACUCCAUGGCGUUCUUAUUUACGGUGGUGGGGGAGUGGUACGUGGAGGGGAAGGUCAUUUCAAAACAAACUUGGCUGGGGAUGCUACUUGUCCUCAGCGGCAUCGCCUUAUGUGUGCACUCAAAGAAUACGUAA